AUGUGUUGUAGGGGAGUAGCCGUCGCUCAACCAUCAGCCGCUGAUCUGGCGUGGACCAGCAGCCUCUCCGAGCUCACCUCCCACCUGACCGCCGCCGGGGAGCUGCCGGCCGCUACGCUGCACGUGCUGCCCUGCGGCGCCGUCUCGGAGCGGGCGCUGACGGGCCUGCUGCGCCGGCUGCCGUGUUCGCGCGGCUGCACCGUGGCCGAGCUGUGCCGGCCGUGCCACCAGCAGCUGGGCGCCGGUCUGUACCGGCCGUCCGGCGGCACCGUGCUGCUCUGGGCCGGCUCCGCAGACUGUCUGCAGCCGCCCGAGGAGAGCGUUCCUCGGCACUGGGCCAGCGCAGCAGUGCUCCUCCUUCCACCGGACGGGAUGGCCUGCAAGACUAACAUCCUAUCCACUUUGGGAAAACACCUAAACUUCUCGACGGAGCUGCGCCACCACUCGCGCCGCGUCUGGGGCAGUUUAGACGAAAACGGCACGUGGCACGGUCUCCUGGCGAGCGUGGUGCGCGCCGAGGCAGACCUGGCCCUCGGAGGUAUAUCAGUGACGGCCGAGCGUGCCGAAGCGGUCCACUUCCUGCAGGAGUUCACCAUCGUGCGCUCCAUGUUCGUGUCUCGCCGGCCGCCGCCGCUGCCCGCCUACCUGACCGUCCUGGCGCCCUUCACGCCCUCCCUCUGGGCCACCGUGAUCGGAACGUUACUGGCAGUCAGUUUGGCGCUGAUGGUACUGAGAAAAUGCAGCUUUCACCACGCGCUGAGUGACACGUAUAAGAUCCUCCUAGCCCAGAGUCUGCCAAGGACCUUCUUGGCUUCUCCAGUCAUGCUCCUCAUCGGAGUGUGGUUGUUGACCGCCUUCACCAUCGGCUGCAGCUACACCAGCAGCCUGACGUCGUUCCUGGUGAACGGCGCGCCCGGAAGGCCCGUGGAGACCACGGAACAGCUCGCCGACAGCAACUACCAGCUCGUGGUGUCCCACACCAACGGCCUGUUCACCGAAUGGCUGAACACGCGACAGGGCGCCGUCUUCUCCCGACUUCGGGAAAAGGUGGUGAUGGAGACCCAGUUCAUGAAUUCCCUAAGCUCUCUGACCGCCUACAAUCGCGCACACGUGAUCGAGGACGCCUACUUCGAGUACGCUCUGAGCUGGAUAGCGCUGAACACGAACGGCUCUCUGUGGAGGGAGGACCUGGUGCCGAGCCGGGACGUCUUCAUGCCCACCUCGCUGGCCAUCCCGGUGCAGCGGAACGCGCCCUAUCGACACGCCCUGAGCCACGCCAUCCUGCGACUCUCGGCCGCCGGACUCGUCCAGAAGUGGCUCGAGGACGCCCUCCACGGAAUACGCCUACGGGCAAUACGGGCUAACAUCGAGGCGUGCAAAGUCAGUCAGGAAAACUGCCGUGACAAGAACCGAGCCCGGCAGAUCGGUCUGAAGCACAUGGAGGGCCCGUUUCUGCUGCUGCUGACGGGGUACGGUGUGGCAAUGGUGGUGUUUGUGAUCGAGACGCAAAUGGGAAGGUGGAGGAGGCUGGGGUUGUGCUCCGGGCGCGGCGCCGCACUCCAGAACCACGUCACCGGGCUCCAUCAGACGCGGCAGCCGCUCGGCCAGCUCCAGCAGCUUGUACGCUGA